AUGGAUGUAUAUAAUGCUUUCUUACGAGGAGAUUUGUAUGAGGAAGUGUAUAUGGAACUUCCUCAAGGUUUCAAGAAACAGGGGGAGACAAAGCUGAUCUAUGAUUUAGGAUUAGGUGAUGCCAAGCCUGUAUUCACUCUAAUUGACCUCAAUAAAAAGUUCAGUUCAGCUGAAUUUGAUAGACACACUAGGGUUACAGGAGAUGAAGUGCUACCUGAUGUAAGUAAAUAUCACCGACUGAUUGGUAGGCUGAUUUACCUUACCAUUACUAGGCCAGAUAUUGCGUUUCCAGUGCAAACAUUUUGUCAAUUCAUGCAAGAGCCCAAAAAGUCUCAUUGGGAUGCAGCUGUGAGAGUUGUCAGAUACAUUAAACAAGAGCCAGGGAUGGGAAUAUUUCUAAGCAGGUCGAAUGAAGAUAGCUUGACUUACUUUUGUGAUGCUGAUUGGGCAAGUUGUCCAAACACACGCAGAUCUGUUACGGGCUAUUUGAUCAAAUUUUGUGAUUCACUCAUCUCUUGGAAAUCAAAAAGCAGCAUACAGUGUUAA